AUGGGAAAGUUUAGAUCAAACUUGAAGGGGAAAUCGAAGGGAAAGCGAUGGCAGAAGGGCCAGUCGUCUAAUUCCAAUCCGAGGACACAAAAAUACCGGGAUAUGGCCAAGUCUCGGUUCUUUCAAGAAAAUUUAGGAGGAACAGGGUUGACCCAACAAGCUAUCUUAAAACAUGAUGCCAUGAUGACAUAUGGACAUGCAUCAAAUAAACAAACAUCUGAGGCUGACAAUGAACUUGUAAUUGCUAAGGAAUUAGAGAACAUGUCUAUGAAGAGUGGAGAUGAAGGAUCUGAAAGUGGAUACACUGCUUCAAUGAAAUCUGGCACUUUUAAAACAUUUCAAACAUUUGCAUCGGGUUUUACACAGUGUUCCAACAUUAGUUUUAGCAAGUUGCUAAAUAGAUUUGACUUCAACAAUGCUUUACAUAAAGAGAUGUUAGCAGUUUUGAAAGCUGUGACUACAAUAAUUAAACAGGAGGGAAAUGGCAAAGAGUCCAAUACAGAGUACUUUGCUGCAUUGUUGAUGACACUCAAAUCACGAGAGACUGAUGAAAAUCUUAUAGCAAUAUUAACACUUCUAUCUAUGGGAAUCAAAUCUGUACCCAUCGCAGUGCUGCGACUACAAUUUGCCGAUUCUGCAAGAACACUGACAGAAAUCUUAGAAAAAAAUGAAGGUUCAGAGAAUGGGGCAUUGCUUAGAAGUGUUAUAGGAUGUUUGUCUGUAUUGUUAAGGGCUCAGGCAUAUGCAGUGUGGGCAGACUCGUCUACUAUGAGAGUGUUUGAAUUAGUUCUCGCUUUUGCACUCCAUUCGAAACCUAAGGUUCGCAAGGCCGCUCAACAUGCAGUUACGUCUAUACUGCGAGGAAGUUCUUUCAUGAUACCAUCAGAAGACAAAAAAAUCAAGGUACCAAAAGUCCAUCCAGCUUCUAAGCGUGUGGCAGAGUACUGCUUGUCACAAAUCAAAGCAGAAGCCCUUCUAUCUGGACACCGGACUGUUUUGCACACUCUGACAAUGCUCAGAGAUGUAUUGCCUGUCUUCAGUAAGGACAACAUAAAGGCAGUGUGUGAAGCCAUCCUCUCGCUAAUGACCCAUAAUAAUGUCUACAUAAAGACAUGUUGUCUGCACACCUUGCACGCUCUGUUCUCCUCGCCCCUGGAGUCCAACAACUUGACGGCAUCGUUAGCAGUUCAGCUCAUUAGAGCGCUGAUGGCAGCGCGACCUCCCGCGAAUGACACCGGACAGGUGCUCGCGUGGGCUGCCGUGUUACAACAGGGAUGUGGCUGUUUGGCUAUUUUGGAUCUGAACCUUUGUAUGCCGAACCUGCCUGCAUUUGUUAACAUCUGUGUCACUGAGUUGUGGCAUUCUGACAUAGCUGACAUUAAUUCCGCAUCUACAAAUGCUUUAAAGGCUGUGUUACUUGACUGCGUGAAGUUGGCCGUAGAAUCCGAAGAGUUCCCUAAACACAAAAGCAAUAUCGAAACGAUAUUCAAGUGUAUAGGCACGGGACUUGACAACCCCUUCAAUCAAGCCAUACGACACGUGAUAAUGACUAUUGCCGUGUGUUUUGAAAUUGGCAACGAAAAAGUAACUCAUAUUCUGGGUCCCCUUCUCAAGAAGCUUAACGACCGACGUGAGAGCCACAACUUUGACAACGACAAAGAAGUUGAAUACGCUACAGGAUGUGCAAUCAAAUCGCUGGGACCAGAGUUCGUUCUCAAGACGAUACCGCUACGAGAUGGACCGGAAAACAUCAAUAUAGAACGUACAUGGCUACUUCCUGUGUUAAAGGAAAAAAUUCAAAACUCACACUUAAAAUUCUUUGCAACAGAAAUUUUAGAAAUGGCGACAUUCUGUCGAAAGAAAUCUAGAGAAAUAACUCAGGAAAACAAUGUGGCGCUAGCUCAUACAUAUGAGUUACUUUGCAACCAAUUCUGGGCUCUACUGCCAAGCUUUUGCAACAACCCUAAGGAUAUAAAAGACAAUUUUAAAUCCUUGGCUAGAGUAUUAGGUAGUGUACUUAAAGAUAACCCGGAGUUUAGGCUUUCCGUGAUGCAGGGUUUGAGAAAGCUUAUAACAUGUUCAGCCGAUAAUGAGGAGGAUAAAAAUGAAUUGAGCAGAUUUGCUAAGAACUACUUGCCGAUUUUGUUGAAUAUUUACAUGUCUCCUGUUAAGGGCAGUACUGCGGUAGGACAGAGACUAGCGGCCUUGGAAACUAUACAGGUAUACCUCACGAUAAGUGAUCAAACCUUAACCGAAGAACUUUUUACGAAUGCUCUCCAACAACUAGGCACAUCGAAAGACAAUCACUUUCAACGGGAAUCAAUACUGGACAUCAUUAGAACAUUAGUUUUAUACCAAAAUAGCGACAGAAUUGCGAAAUUGUUCGAUGAAUGGGUCUAUCCGUUAUGUGAAACGGUUUUAGAAGAUCCUAAAAAGCAUAAAAAAGCUAAAAAAGAGAACGCUGUAGAAGAAAAUGGAGAGGAAAAGAAUGAAUUAAGAUAUAAAGAGAAGGCCAAACUUCUUGAAAUGGAACAUAAAAAGGCUUACAGGAUAUUAGAAGAAAUUUUUAAAAGUGAUAACGAUAGUUGUAAACAAUUUUUAAAAGACAAUUAUAAAAAGAUUAAAAAGUUAUUGAUGUCAUCUUUGAAUAAAGUUGCCGACAGCAGCAAGGCGGCCAGACUAAGAUGUAUAGAACACCUGAUCACCUCAACACCGUUCUUGAACGCCGAGAGCAAGCUGCUAAAGAGCGCGAUAGCAGAGUCAGUGAUAUGUACAAAGGAUAUCAACUCCAAGUGUAGACAAUGUGCUUUCAACGUCAUCAACAGCGUCGGCAACGUUCUUAAAACACAAGAAGGAGGUAUGCAAGCCUUCGUCGCAAUGUUAACGUCUGGUCUAACUGCACCCGUACCUCGCAUCGUGGGGGCAACUUUACGGGCGAUCGCCUCCGCUCUGUUCAACUUCUCUGAGGAAAUGGGACUGGAAACAGUACAAGGUCUACUGGAGACUGUCGCUGGUCAAAUGUUAAACAAUAAUAGAGAAAUUGUUGCAGCUGCAAUGAGUUUCUUGAAGGUUUACACAAAGGUCCUUCCUACAGAUGUAUUAGCAGGCAGUUUGCCUUUAAUAUUUAAAACCUUGUCAUCAAUGGAGGAAGAUUGCAAGCGUCACUCGCGUCUUGAGAUAGGAUACUUUUUAACUAAAAUGUUGAGGAAAUUUGGUGCGGAUACGGUGGAGAAACUCAUUCCUCAAAGUGAUGAAGUUAUGUUAAAGAGAUUGAGAAAUAUUAGGAAGAUGGAAAAUAGGAAGAAGAGGCAGAAGGACGGCCAAAGAGACCAAUCUGAGCAAGAUUCAGAGGACGACAUGCCCAUCAAGGGCACAUCAAAAACACUAGAAGACAUCCUAAAAGACUCGGAUUCUGAGAUGGAGUUCCUGGACGAUGAAGAGGAAAGGCCCAAAGCUAGAGCCAAGAACAACAAGAAGUUGAAGAAUCGGGCCUGGAUUCAAGAUGACCCUGAGAAUAUUGUCGAUUUGGCUGAUGUAUCAGCUUCUAGGAAGAUUACAGCUACGGACCCCUCUCGUAAGAAAGCAACAGAAGUGAAAGCACAGAAGAAGAAAGAUGGCGGAUUUAAGACGGCUCCCGACGGAAGGCUUAUCAUCACUGAUGAUGCAUUUGAUGACGACGGUGAUGACAAUCAAAAGCCCAGCGGGGACAUUGAUUCCGAUACUGAUGAUACCGAUAAUGAAGACGAUGAGCCCAAACCGUCGAAACUGCUCAAACCAGGCACAAAACGUCGUUAUGACGACAUUUUAAGUUUGAAGAGUGGCAAGUCCAGCCGGAGUAGAGCAUCUACUGCCACUGUUGGAUCUAGGUAUAAGGCGGGAGGAAAGGGCAUUCAUAGACCUCUCGGUUCAGCAGCGUCAGUGGCUUCUGGUGCAGGCUCGGAGUUUAGAUCUAAGAAGGCAAAGGGCGAUGUAAAGAAAAAGGGCAAACACGAUCCUUAUGCCUACCUUCCAUUAUCUAGGAGUAACCUUAAUAAGAGGAAAAAGACUGUCAACAGUAAACAGUUCAAAGGGAUCGUCAAGGCAAAAACGAAGCUUGGUAAAAAUAAGAAAAAAAAAUAA